AUGGAACUAGCUUGGCACUCUUUCACUGGUAAUAAUGUGAAGCUUAAACCUGAUUCAGCUUCGCUCUUGACUUCAAAACCUGUAUGAUCGCUCUCAGUUCUGUGCUAUCGAAUGACACCCUCAAAUAAAGCUGAAAUCGUUAAACUUGUCAAGAAAUCUCUGAAAGGAAAAGUGCUAGCUAUUGGGGAUGGGGCAAACGACGUGCCGAUGAUACAGUGUGCUGAUAAUGAAUCUUGUUCGUUGCUUAUUCAAAUGUUUAAGGCUGUAAUGGCAUCUGAUUUUGCGAUAGCACGUUUUCGAUUCUUGCGUACACUGCUAAUGGUUCACGGGCACUGGUGUUAUGAUCGACUUGCACGAACAUUUCUCUAUUUUCUGUAUAAAAACGCGGUAAUGUCUGAAUAA